AUGUCGGACACCACAGCCAAUCUUCAACCACUAAAGGACCAUGCUUGGAUCGGCGCGGCCGAGAAAAUACCGAUUAAUUCGCCCGGUUCCUUCAUUUCUAUCAGUCCAAUUACUUUACUAGCUCCUGGACGAGUCGUAGAGCUACAAGUGCGAAUUGCAGCGCCAAGAACAGGAGACAACCUCCCUAUCAUACUUUUGUCACAUGGCCAAGGACUAUCGAAUCACCUAUCUUCACUCAACGGUUACGGUCCCCUAGUCAACUUCUGGGCUUCCCAUGGCUUCGUUGUCAUUCAGCCCACACAUCUUUCCUCAAAGUCGCUGGCCCUCGGGGCUACAUCUUCGGAAGGUCCCUUGUACUGGCGUUCCCGAGCCGAAGACAUGAAGCACAUCCUCGACCAUCUUGACGAGAUCGAAACUGCCGUCCCUGAAGUCAAGGGCCGGCUAGACAGAGACCGUGUUGCUGUCGCAGGACAUUCUAUGGGCGGACAUACUGCCAGUGUUCUGUUAGGUGCCCGGAUGACCGAUGCCACCAAUGGAAAGGUCCUCGACUUGGCCGAGCCUCGCAUAAAAACAGGCAUUCUUCUCGCUGCUCCAGGCAGCCCAGGCCCGGACGGAUCUUACCUAACACCAAUUGUAUUGGAGAACUAUCCCUUUUUCAAAGGCAUCAGUUUUACAGAUAUGACAACGCCUGCGCUUGUUGUCGUAGGAGACAACGAUCCGUCGACGCAUUUGACCAAUCGGGGAUCUUCCUGGCACGUUGAUCCGUACUCGUACAGCACGGGCCCUAAGAGCUUGUUGACUGUCUAUGGCGCUGGACACUGCCUCGGUGGUAUUUCUGGCUUUGAUGCUGCGGAAUCAGCAGACGACGAGAGCCCUGAACGGGUCGCUGUGGUCCAACGACUUUCCUGGGCCUAUCUUCGCAGUGCGCUCUAUCCCGAGGAGGAUACUUGGUCUGUUGUUUGUGCUGCUCUUGAGAAUAUUUCUUCUCUUGGCAAGGUUGAGUCUAAGUGA